AUGGCGAAGCCUGCGGCGGAACAGGUCGAGUUCCACGAAACUACCCACAAGGGUCUCAACCCGGAACAGGAUGCCCUCUACCAGGCGUAUGUUUCCAAAAGCCCAGAGUGGCAUCAGAACAUGACGCGCAGCCUUCUCCGAAAAGUCGACCUGCAUCUCCUGCCGUUCCUGAUUGUCAUGUAUCUCCUUAACUUUCUAGACCGCAAUAAUUUAUCGCAAGCGCGCCUAGGAUCACUAGAGGAGGACCUAGGGAUGAAAGGCACCGACUACAAUUUAGCCACGAGUAUUCUGUUCGUCGGAUAUCUGCUCAUGCAGUUGCCAUCUAAUCUAUUCUUGACUCGCGUCCGGCCCUCGUUGUUUCUAGGCAUUGCCAUGGCCAUUUGGGGUGUCAUCUCCGCUUGCCAAGCGGCCACGCAGUCAUUCUCAGGACUGGUUGUCACGCGCUUCUUCCUCGGAUUUGUCGAAGCGCCAUUCUUCCCUGGAGCUGUGAUGUUGAUGUCAAGUUGGUAUACUCGGCAAGAGCUGAGUCACCGGAUUGCGUGGUUCUACGCUGGAAGCUCUCUAGCUAAUGCCUUCGGAGGCUUGAUUGGGGCAGGAGUACUAGCCAAUCUCAACGGAGCGCACAAUAUCGCGGCUUGGCGAUGGCUUUUCAUCAUAGAAGGGUCCAUCACGGUGGGAGUCUCACUUUUUGCUACGUUCUUUCUUCCCAACUAUCCCGCUACAACGUCCUGGCUGGACGAACAGGAACAAGCCUAUGCCCAGUGGCGGUUGAUUCAUGAUGCCGGAGAGGCCGAUGAUGUUGGCUCUACCACUAUCAAGGAGGCGCUCGCGCUUGUUUUUGCCGAUAAACGCAUCUAUCUUUUCAUCUUGCUACAGCAUACUUCGCUCCUGUCGCAAAACUUUCAGUACUUCUUCCCGACUAUCGUGCAAGAGCUAAAAUAUAACAAUAUCGUUACACUUUUGAUCACGGCUCCGGUCUGGAUUGCGACAUUUCUGGUCUCCUUGUUGGUGACGUGGACAUCGGGCAAGACAAAUGACCGCAGUAAACACAUCAUUGCCCUAAUGCUGGUUAGUGUUGUGGGGUGUGUGAUUGUAACUGCAUCCACAAACACGGGCGCCAAAUUCUUUGGCAUGUUCUUAAUGCCUAUGGGUGCAGUUUCUGCCUACCAGAUCAUUCUCGCGUGGAUCGCCAACUCUUUCCCUCGUCCAUUCGUUAAAAGGUCUGCUGCAAUUGCCUUGGCUAAUAUGAUUGGCAACACGGCUUCCAUUUACGGCAGCUACAUGUGGCCGGACUCUUCGGGUCCUCGCUAUAUUCCGGGCGGUAGCGCAACUGCUGCCAUAGCAUUUCUGGUAGCAGUAUUGGCGCUAGUCAUUCGGUUGGUUCAUGUGCGGAUGAACAAGCAUCUUGAAGAAGCGGAGACUGCUCGAGGAGAUUUGGCUGUCGGCACUAACGAUUUGGAGACUCGAGCUGUCGGGUUCAGGUACAUUCUCUAG